AUGCAACUGCGUUUGCUUCUCGGGAGCCUCCUCGCCACCGUCGCCCUCGGAGACCCGCACGCGGGCUGCUUCGACCCCACCACCCCAACCAUGGCGCCGACGCCUGCUCCGACGCCUGCUCCGACGCCUGCUCCGACGCCUGCUCCGACGCCUGCUCCGACGCCGGCCCCGUUGACUGGGUGCGCGCUCUUCGCCGCGUACGCCGGGAACAAGUUCAUGUCAUUAACUGCCGCCGACACCUCUGGUGCGUGGAAUCUGGACGGCAAUAAACGCGGCGUCGUCGCGUCGACGCCUGCGACGUUGCACGCAGUCCCCGUCGCCAGCAACGCCUAUGCGAUUGCGGUCGUUGGACCGCACGUCACUCUGCAAGUCGAGUCGGGCCAAAUCGUCGGCAAGGUUUGGGAUCCGCCGUCCUCACCGUUGUUUGCGUGCACGGACGUUGCCGGCAGUGGCGCGAUCGCGCUCCGCGUCGACAACAACUACGUGACGCAGUCGGGCGGCAAGCUCAUGCUCGAAGCGCUGGUGGGUGGGGCACCCUCGCCCAGCCAGCAGUGGGUUAUAGCUGCGAUAAACUAGAAGUGAUAACGUUUCCAAUUCUCGACGACGCAUCACUGUGUUGCCGCCACC